AUGCUUGCAAGUUCUAAAGUAAUGUACCUUGAAGAGUUUCAACGCAAUCAAGAUAUCAGUCACGAUGAUACCUUGUGGGAUUUCAUCAAGUCACAUGGUUAUUCAGAGUUAUUUCAAAAGGCUUAUCUUGUUCCAAUAUGCUCUUCCUUGUGGUCCUGCCCUACACACGUAGUUAUGAGGUUAUCUGCUUUUUCUGCUCUCUCAUAUUUCAACAAUCACCAUCUAUUUCAGAUGUUCAGUGGUCCUCAAUGGUAUAUCGUUAGGGGUGGCUCACAGACCUACAUUAAAAAGAUCAAAGAAGAUAUGUUGUCUAGCGGCUGCCAGAUAAGGACGGGUUAUGCCAUAAAAUACGUCUCAAAACGUGAUGAUGGUUGUCUACUUCUAUGUGAGGAUGGCUCUGAAGAAAGGUUUGGUGGAUGCAUAAUAGACGCGGAUGCCCAUCAAACUCUGAGAUUGUUGGGGGAAGAAGCUACAAAUGAAGAAAGAAGAAUACUUGGGGCUUUUAAUUAUGUAUAUAGUGACGUUUUUCUACACAAUGACACAAGUCUAAUGCCUCGAAACCGAACAACAUGGAGUGCACUGAAUUUUCUUGGAACUAAGGAUAACAAAGUGUGCUUAACGUACUGGUUAAAUGUGCUCCAGAACAUUGAUGACAAUGAGCUACCUUUUCUUGUCACUGUUAAUCCUUCUCGAACACCAAAAAGUACAUUGCAUAAAUGGUCACUAGGACUGUCAAUUCCAUCAGUUGCAGCAACAAAGGCUGUUCUUGAGCUUGCUUACAUCCAAGGAAAGCGAAGAAUUUGGUUUUGUGGAGGAUACCAAGGUCAUGGGAUCCUUGAGGAUGGUGUGAAGGCGGGUAUGGUUGCGGCAAAUGGCAUUCUUAAAAAGACCUGUGAAAUUCUGAAUAACCCGAAAACUAUGGAACCAUCUUUGAUGGAAAUUGGGGCGAGGUCACUUGUUGUUAGGUUCCUUCAAGAAUUUAUUGCUAUUGGUACCUUAAUUUUAUUGGAAGAAGGUGGUGCAAGAUUCACAUUCGAAGGAACAAGAAAGAAGAACUCUACAAAAGUUUAUCUCAAAGUUCAAAAUCCUCGAUUUUAUUGGAAGCUUGCUACAGAAGAUGAGUUAGGUCUAUUUGGCGCAUACAUUAAAGGGGAUUUUUCUUUUGCUGAUCAAACAAAUGGCCUUUUAAGUUUGAUUGUGAUUCUUAUUGUAAACUAUGAGCUAAAAAAUUAUUCAUUGACAUCUAACAAAAGAGGUUGGUGGACACCGAUGUUUUCAACAGCAAUUAUAGCAUCUGCAAAGUAUUUCUGUCAUCAUGUUUUGAUGCAUAACUCUGUUACCCAAGCACGCAGGAACAUAUCUCAUCACUAUGAUUUGGUACGUGGAAAUACAUCUUAA